UGCAGGUACGCAAACCAAGCAACACCGACCGCGCUCAGUUCAGUUGGAGUUAGAAACGCGCGCUGUUUUCAACAGGUCCGCCGUAAAGCAACAUCACUCGCGCACAGCUUCUCUGUGGAAGAAAUAUUAUCACUCCCGGGUUGUGAUCAAAAUAUCGUCCAAAGAUGGGUGAAUGGUCCAACGGUCUCUUCGGCUGCUUCAGCAACAUCGGGUUAUGCCUGAUCACAUACGUGGCGCCGUGUUACGUCGCCGGCAAGAACGCCGAGAAAAACGGAGAGGACUGUUUGCUGUACGGUCUGUUCUCUGUUCUGGGCUGUGUCGGACUCUGGUCCAUGACUAAAAUCCGCGGACAGACAAGAGCGGCAAAAGGGAUCGACGGAACCUACACAAACGAUCUGCUCAUGAUUCUCUUCUGCACGUUGUGUGCACUUGUCCAGGAGGCUCAGGAAUGGGAGGGGCCCGCUAGUGCUUCGAUUGCACGCGAAUAGACGCCAUCUUUUAUUCAACAAUUAAAACAGUGAACUCUCUUUGAAAACGGCGCGGAAGACUCCGCGACAGCUAAAUGGAAAUGUCACCUUCUAACUUUCGAGAUUUUAAUAUCGCUCCGGAUCUCCUGUUGCCAUGUAAAUAUCAAUUGAAACUUUGCACUUUUCUCGACUGCCUUUUUUUUCACUUAUGGUGAAGGAGUCUAAGAUACCGAACGUUGCGACGGGAAUCUUGGGUGAUUCAUAGCCUUGGAGGGGCUGAGCGUAGCAACUAAAUGAUGGCUAAAAUGUAAUCCCAAGCUACGGGGACAGGAGGCUUAGCUCAAGAAACAAGACCCAGCAAAUCCGGGGACAACACUGUCUACCUUUACUUCGUUACAAGACUUUCUUGUGGACAAAUUUUCUGAUAUCUCUACGGAUCUCUGGCUCUAGGCUCAUUUGCGCUAACUUUCUGCCCCGGAAAGUGAAUUCGUUGAAGCCUGACAUCAUGUUGUACAUGAACCACUUUCAUCGACUAUAAAUUCUUUGAGAAGAGUAGUUUCUUUAAUUAAAUUCUCGUCACUGAAUACUGUUUUUAAACACUGUACACAGAUUUCCCUAUUCAACUUACCAAAAUGCAUUUAGGCCUUGUGCAGCUACCUAUAAAAUGUAGCUGACUAAAUCCUGAUUUCUGACGAACGUUUUUAUAAAUAAAAACAUGCAUUAUUGACAUUUGUACCGUAUAGACUUUUAUUGUGAUAAAAAAAGAAAAGAAAAAUAUUUUGCUGCUUACUUUCGAUAAUUGUUUUAAAAUAGAAACCGUUUGUUUUAAGAGAAGUUCGAAUCUUGAGACAAAAUCAAUGUACACUUACAUCAAUAAUAUUACAUCCAUUAGUUUAGAUAUUAUGUUUCGGCGGCUUUACCCAGGAAAAAAUCCAAUGAACACUUACAAAGACAGAAUAUUAAGUCAUGUCUGCAUUAAACAAGCGUUAAUCUGACAUUUUUUUCGCAGUGGUACCUCGAUAUACAAUUCAAUGAAGGAAAGUUUUUCCUCAAAUCAAACUUUUUCCACUCCUUUUGCUGUGAUUUUUUUUAAUAACGAAAUAAAUUGUCAAAAAGGAAACUGUU